AUGAUGAACCAAGUCAAUGAUAAUGGACUGCUCUCAUUUCUAACAGAAGUACCAGCAUUUUUUAAUGCACAGUUUCCAUUGACAUAUCCAAUAAUUGCACCAUUAUAUUCUGAUGUAGAUACAAGGGGUACAGGAAGAAUUUAUUACAGAGAAACUAGAGCUGCUGAUCUUUUGGAACGAGCUUCGAGAGAUAUUCACCGUCAUUUCUCUCAAUCUUCAAAUUUUCAACCCAUAAGUAUAUUUAUUGCAACCUGGGAUGGAGUUGGACAUUAUGAAAAAGGUGUUGGCUUGGUGAAUACAUUUCAAGUGGUAAUUGUUAGUGAUGGAGAAGAUAGUUAUGCAUACUUCCUUUAUCCUGAAGGAGGAAUCCAGUGGAUUCAGGGAGAUGGAAAAAAUGCCAAUUUACCUGAUGCUAGAGCUCAAGCUGGUUUUAUGUCUGGUGAUGGCAGGCUUUAUACAUUACGUGGGUCAGGCACUGAUCAAGCACGAAAUUUUGAUAGGAUGUCAAAUAUCCGACAACCAGGUGUUUGGUUAUUUCAUAUUGGUAAAACAGAAAGUAAUGGUAAUGUUUUACCAGCUGAUUUAGAUUUGGAUCCAAAUAUUAUUGAACUAUCAUCUUGUGCAAACACUUUAUUACCUUGUCCACCCACAUCCAAAUGUGUUGAUUAUGAAGAAGGAUUUUGUUGCAAAUGUUUAAAUACUCAUUUUGGUAAUGGAAGAAAUUGUUUAUUGAAAGGUGAGCCACAAAGAUUGAAUGGUAAAGUGAAUGGUAUUUUAAAUGAUUUUCAACUUGAAGACGUUGAUCUUCACGCAUACGUAGUAACAGCUGACGGCCGAACCUACACAGCAGUGAGUCGAGCACCUCCAUCAAUUGGCUAUGAUAUGCAAUCAUUAACCAUCUUAGGUGGAGUAAUUGGAUGGCUAUUUGCUUUACCAGGAAAAGAUGCAAGAAAUGGGUUUAUGACAACAGGAGGUGCAUUCAACAGAACAGCUGAAAUUAAGUUUCCACAAAGUGGUCAUCAUGUUACUGUAAAAGAACAGUUUUUAGGACCAGAUGUUUUUAAUUAUAUGAAAUUAAAUAUUGAAAUAAGAGGCUCUCUUCCAACAAUACCAUAUGGUUCAAAGAUUGAUAUUGAUGAUUUUGAGGAGGAAUAUACAAAAGUUUCCAAUGGUGUAAUUCGAUCACAUUCAUCACGAUCAUACAGAUUGGAGGGAAAUAAUUUGGAAGUACCAUUUACUGUUGAUCAAACAAUAUCCUAUACAAUUUGUGAAUUUGAACCUCAAGAUCCUAAACUAGAUAUAAUGAGACUGAAAGUAACUCGAAAUUUUAUUGUUUACGAUGACAAAGAACAAAUUGUUCGUUAUGCAAUGUCUAACAAGAUCUCACCAUUAACAUGCACCUGCAUUCUUGAUCUCCAACUUCCUAAUCUUGUCAAAUAUGCAGACCUCCAUAGGAACCAAGAGAAGAAACCUGAAAUACAUUUAAAUGAAUUGAUUGAACAGUUCAUUCAUUGGUUGAUUGAAUAUAAGUACCUGUCAGGAAUGGACACUUGUGCAGAUAUACAGUGUGAUCCUAAUGCAAGCUGUAUUCAGCUUCAAAAUCAAUCUGCUGUUUGCAUCUGCAAUGAAGGAUAUAAUGGAAAUGGAUACAUAUGUUACCAAGAUGAAGAAAAUCAAAAUACUAGAGAUUGUCGCUUUAACAAUGACUGUCAUCCUUUUGCUGAGUGUAUAUUAAAUGAUGCAACUCAGCAGUAUCAGUGUCAGUGUCGUGAAGGAUAUCGUGGAAAUGGAAUUAUUUGUGUAGAUGAUACACAGUCAUGUAAUUUUGCUCAUAACUGUCAUAGUGAUGCUGACUGCACAUAUGAUUCUUUUUCUGGAAAUUAUGCAUGCUCAUGUAAACAAGGUUUUACUGGUAAUGGAUAUUAUUGCGUUGCAAAAGACUGUAAUACACUAAAUACAUGUCAUCCACAUGCUCAAUGUAUUUAUGACCAUUCUACUGGAGAAUAUCAAUGCCAAUGCAAUGCAGGAUAUAUAGGAGAUGGCUAUCAAUGUACACAAAGUGAUGAAGUCAGUUGUGACGUUGUUAACGUUUGUUCAGUACAUGCUGUAUGUGUAUAUGAUUCAUAUCUUCAGAAAUAUGUAUGUCAAUGUAAAAAUGGAUAUGAUGGUGAUGGUCUUACUUGCAGAGCUAUAGAUGAAUGUAAUACAGUAGAAAAUUGUGACAAAAAUGCUCAAUGUAUCUAUGACACUCAAUCAGAACAUUACAGAUGUGUAUGUAAUAAUGGAUAUGUUGGAAAUGGAAAAACCUGUUCACCAGCAACUGGAAUGGACACUUGUGCAGAUAUACAGUGUGAUCCUAAUGCAAGCUGUAUUCAGCUUCAAAAUCAAUCUGCUGUUUGCAUCUGCAAUGAAGGAUAUAAUGGAAAUGGAUACAUAUGUUACCAAGAUGAAGAAAAUCAAAAUACUAGAGAUUGUCGCUUUAACAAUGACUGUCAUCCUUUUGCUGAGUGUAUAUUAAAUGAUGCAACUCAGCAGUAUCAGUGUCAGUGUCGUGAAGGAUAUCGUGGAAAUGGAAUUAUUUGUGUAGAUGAUACACAGUCAUGUAAUUUUGCUCAUAACUGUCAUAGUGAUGCUGACUGCACAUAUGAUUCUUUUUCUGGAAAUUAUGCAUGCUCAUGUAAACAAGGUUUUACUGGUAAUGGAUAUUAUUGCGUUGCAAAUGAAGUCAGUUGUGACGUUGUUAACGUUUGUUCAGUACAUGCUGUAUGUGUAUAUGAUUCAUAUCUUCAGAAAUAUGUAUGUCAAUGUAAAAAUGGAUAUGAUGGUGAUGGUCUUACUUGCAGAGCUAUAGAUGAAUGUAAUACAGUAGAAAAUUGUGACAAAAAUGCUCAAUGUAUCUAUGACACUCAAUCAGAACAUUACAGAUGUGUAUGUAAUAAUGGAUAUGUUGGAAAUGGAAAAACCUGUUCACCAGCAACUGAUGCUACAUGCAACAUUGUAAAUAAUUGUGACAUCAAUGCUCGUUGCAUUUAUGAUCAUGUCGAUUUAAAAUAUCGAUGUCAUUGCAAUUCUGGUUAUCAAGGAGAUGGUUUAACUUGUCAACCUGCAGUUGUAUCAUGUAAUAUUGUUUACACUUGUAGCGUUUAUGCAGAAUGUGUGUAUGAUCCCAAUGUCCAGAGUUAUCGUUGUCAGUGCUUGCAAGGUUAUGAAGGAGAUGGUGUUACAUGUACACCAAUUGCAACCUGCCACGAAAAUCCAUAUUUAUGUAAUUACAAUGCCGAAUGCAUUUAUACAACUUCCGGAUAUGUAUGCCAAUGUAAAAGUGGUUAUACAGGAGAUGGGACCACUUGUAAUGUGGCACCAAGACAUGAGGGUAAUUUUCUAGUGUUUGCUCAAGGAAUGUCAUUAUUGCAAAUGCCAUACAAUCCAACUAAACAAGACCAAGGAAAACUAUUACUAAUGGAAGCAUAUCAAACUGCUGUUGGAAUGGAUGUUGAUUGUCAAGAAGGAUAUAUAUAUUGGACUGAUAUUUCUCAUAAAGCCAUUCGCAGAGUGAAAUAUGACGGUUCAGAAAGUGAAAUUAUUUUUACCCACGAAGUAAAAUCACCUGAAGGCAUUGCUGUAGACUGGAUUAGUAGAAAUGCUUACUGGACAGAUUCAGUCAAGGAUACUAUAGAAGUGAUGAAAUUGGAUGGAAUGGAACAUAAAAUAUUAAUACGUGAAAACCUAGUGAAUCCGAGAGGUAUUACUCUUCAUCCAGGCAGAGGGAAAUUAUUCUGGACAGACUGGAACAGAAAUGAACCAAAAAUUGAAACUUCUAAUAUGGAUGGUUCAGAACGUAAAGUUUUUAUUUCAGAAGAUUUAGGUCUUCCUAACAUGCUUACUAUUGAUCUGGAAAGAGAUGAUUUAUGUUGGACAGAUGCAGGUUUGCGUCGUAUUGAAUGUAUUAAUGUAGAUGGAUAUAGACGACGUAUAAUAUACACUCCAGCAGCAUAUCCUUUUGACUUAACAAUUGCAAACAACAAUAUUUACUGGACUGAUUGGGAAAUAAAUUUUAUACAAAAAGUUGAUAAAAAUGGUGGAACUGCUGAACCAUUAGAAAUACCUCUUGGAGGAAAUGGAAAAUUAUAUGGAAUUGUUUCUGUUCCAUAUCAAUGUCCACAGAUAAAUAAUGUAUGUGGAUCAUUCAAUGGAGGAUGUAAUCAUCUUUGCCUCCCAGAUGGUAAAGGAGGAAGAACAUGUGUCUGUCCAGAUUAUCAAGAAGGUUCAGAAAUUGAUGAAGCUUGCAAUGAUGUGUAAAAAUAAAUAUUAAAAACUUCAUCCAUAUGUAAACGUGUGUUCAUACCAUCACUACUGCAAAUUCAGAUUUCUGAAACAAUUCUACUGUCAUGUACUUUAAAAGUGCAGUGUAUAUAAAAGCUAAGAAAAUUUACUCAAAUAAAAUAUUCACAUUCCAAUUUUAAAAAAUU